UCACAGUUACAGUAUGAGAUGCAUUAAGAGCUACUGGGAUCAGGAGGAUUAUCUUGAAGUUUACAGCUGCCCCCAGUGCAGAGAGACCUUCACACCCAGACCUGUUCUGGGCAGAAACACCAUCCUGGCUGAAGUGGUGGAGAAACUGAUGCAGACUGGACUACAAGCAGCUACUCCUGCUGACCAUUAUGCUGGACCUGGAGAUGUGGAGUGUGAUUUCUGUACUGGGAGAAAAUGCAGAGCAGUCAAGUUCUGCCUGGUGUGUCUGGCCUCUUACUGUGAAACUCACCUCCAGCCUCACUAUGAGUCUCCAGCUUUUCAGAAGCACAAGCUGGCUGAUCCUACUGGACAUCUGCCCGACAAGGUCUGUUCCCUCCAUGACAAACCCCUGGAGAGCUACUGCCGUACCGACCAGCAGUGCAUCUGUUAUUCCUGUAAGACGUUUGAACACAGAGACCAUGAUACAAUCGCAACUGCUGCAGAAAGGGCGGAGAUACAGAAAGAUAUGGGUGAAUCCCAGAUGGAAUUUCAGCAGAGAAUUCAACCACCAGUCUCUGCCAAAUCCCUGCAGCUGACAGUGUAUGAGCUUAAUGAGGGAUCAUUUCCAAUCAGUGCUGGCUGGGUUUCAGUCCCUGAGGCAUCCAGCAUGUGCUCCCUGUGUCACCAACAGAGCUCAGCACAGUCAGCAGUGGAGGACAGUGAGAGGAUCUUCACUGAGAUGAUCCGCUCCAUUGAGAGAACACGGUCAGAGGUGACAGAGCUGAUCAGAGAUCAGGAGAAGGCUGCAGUGAGUCAGACUGAAGGACACAUGGAGAGACUGGAGCAGGAGAUUGAUGAACUGAAGAGGAGACACUCUGAGCGAGAACAGCCUUCACACGCAGAG